AUCUAGUUAGUUGUGCGCACAGCUUCAAACAUCGUCAUCGCGUCAGCAGGAGGAAGUCAGUUAGUCCGAUGUAUCGGUCAAACGUGUCGGUCGAUAUCCCAUGUAAACAUUACGAGCGUUUUGUCAUUCACCUACGGUAAUCUUUAACAUCGCGAUAAAACGCGAUACAGAGCAGAAUGCUACGUGCGAACGUCGAUCAGCCUCGCAGAUAAGAAGAUGUCCCGUUUAUGCCAACAAAUAUGUCUCUAUUGCACAGUGCUGAUCACGCUCGCGUGCUUCCUUGUCUCCGCUGAAGAUACGUUAAACUUGUGCGGCAAACAAUUGAAGAAGAAUGAACGCAGUUUGGUGUUUGUCAAUACAUUGGAUGGGAAGAUAUCAGCCCUGGAUGCUAACAACCAUGGCAAGAUACUAUGGACUAAAGAUUUUAACAAUGGACCGAUGUUGUCAUCCAGUAUUCAUCGCAGAGAACUUAACAAUAAUGGACAAUGGGUACGUUUGAUCCCAUCUUUGUACGGUGGUUUGUAUAAAUUUGAUGGAGAAAAUUUAGAAACGGUGCCGGUAUCAGCAGAUCAGUUAUUGCAUUCAUCGUUUCGCUACUCCGAUGAUUUAGUCUUCUCUGGUGGUAAAGAACUAUAUUCUUAUGGCGUGUCACCCAAUACUGGAGAAAUUUUGUACCAAUGUAACGUUUCUGGAUGCAAGAACAACACAGAUCGUCAAGAUUACGUGGAACUAGAUGUACUUGUUAUUCAACGUUUUCAGCAAACUGUGCGAGCUGUAGAAGCUCGUACAGGUAAUGAAAGAUGGAACUUCAGCGUUGGACAAUAUGAUUUAGAACUAGUACCUCCUGAUGUUUUUUGUCCCAAUGAAGUUGUUGCUUCAGAUAUGGAAAUCAAAGUGGUUAUUCCAGAAGGUUUGAUUUGGGCUGUCAAUAAAAGCAAUCCUACCGUUACGUUAUGGAAAUACAAGUUUAGUUCUCCAAUUGUUGCAAUAUGGCGCGAGGACGCAUCCCAAAUUUCUAUAACUUCAGGAGCUUUGGAAAAAAUUAACUUAUUUAAUAGCUCGCAGUGGGAAUGGGGAUCGGAUUCUGCAGUUGGACCAGGUUUAUAUUUAGGCAUGCAUGAGAGACAAUUAUAUGUGCAAGAAAAUCACAAUCACAAAAAUUCGAUGUAUGUUCAACACAUAAAAUAUCCAUGGCAGCCAUAUCCAGCAGCUAUAACUGCCGUUACAGAUACUUUGACAGAUAAUAAUAACAAUGAUGAAGUUUCCAUUAUUGAAGCAAAUGAAGCACAGAAUGCAAUAGCAUUGUCUGUAUUAUACAAUUCAGAAUAUAUUAAUGGUAAUGGAUUUUACUUAUAUUCAAACGAUCAAUUAACUAACGAUCAGCAAUGUAAUCGUAGCAAUUCUGAUACUUUAUAUAUCACGGAAAAAUCUAUGCUAAAUUAUACUCAAAAGGAAGAUAAUGCUCAAAUUACACAGCCACUUUGGCAUUGGUGGAGAGAAAUUUUAAUAUUUGCGUUUACAACUGCCCUUCUAUUGAAUUUUAUGUCAACACGACGUUUAUUAAAAGCAAGGACAACUACUACAAAUGUCUUACUUCCGCCUUUGAUAGUUGAAAGACAAAUAGAAACCAAAAGAAGUGAUAGCACUAAUGAUGAUAGUGAAAAUGUGAAUAACUUUAAAUCGCAUUAUUUAACGGAUUUUGAACCAGUUGAUUGUUUGGGUAAAGGAGGCUAUGGUGUGGUUUUUGAAGCCAGAAACAAAAUCGAUGAUUGUAAUUAUGCUAUUAAAAGAAUUGCCUUGUCAAAUAGCCAAGAUUCAAGAGAUCGCGUACUGAGAGAGGUAAAAGCAUUAGCUAAAUUGGAUCAUCACAAUAUUGUGAGGUACUUUCACGCUUGGUUGGAAUGUCCUCCUAGUGGAUGGCAAGAAGAGCACGAUCAACAAUGGAUUGAUAAAUUAAAAUGUUCAACUGACUUUCUUUCGGAAACAACUCAGACCGAGACAAAACCUAAUUCCGUAUACAUUGAUGUUUCACAAACCGAUCAGUCCUCCAUAGAAAGUGCUAAUGAAGAUUUAGAAUUCAAUAACAUGGACGCGAACGAUGAUUCAUACAUUACGUUUGAAAGAUCAAACGAAAGGCAGGAUGCCAACUCGUUUUGCAUUAACAAUUGCAGUACCGAUAAUUCAGACUUGUCCUCUUCGAGUAGUAUAACUGAAAAGGAGUUGCCUAAUGUUAAUGAAACCGAUCAUUCCGAAAGUAUCGUGUUUGAAGAAACUGAUAAUAAUACUGCGGCGAAAGAAACGGCAAAAGAUACUGCGGCGGCAACACGACGCAAACGCCAAAAAUCGUUUUUCUUAGAAUUAAACAAGAUGCCGAACACCCAGAAGUCGGCGAAAAUGUUCCUAUACAUACAAAUGCAGCUGUGCCAAAGACUCAGUCUGAGAGAGUGGCUAAAGCAGCAUACGUCAAGAGAUUUUUCUCGGGUACUAAAUAUUUUUCAACAAAUAGUGGAUGCUGUGGAGUAUGUGCAUUUGCAGGGCUUAAUUCAUCGAGAUUUAAAGCCAUCAAAUAUAUUUUUCGCUUAUGACGAUAAGAUAAAGAUCGGCGAUUUUGGUCUCGUGACCGCGAUGACCGAGGGUUACGAUAGGGCUCAUACACCUGCGGCUGAAAAUGAGACUGUUUCUUUAAAAAACAAUGUGCAUACUGCAUGUGUUGGCACACACUUAUAUAUGUCACCUGAACAGAUAAACGGUAAAAUUUACAACUAUAAAGUGGAUAUUUACUCCUUGGGAAUAAUCUUUUUUGAGCUUCUUACACCAUUUUUUACUGACAUGGAGAGAAUAGUGGCGCUAUCGAAUCUAAAAAAGUCCAUUUUUCCGAAAGAUUUUGCGGAGAACUAUCCUGCUGAGUACAAUUUGCUCAAAAUGAUGUUGGAUGAGGAUCCCAUUAAUCGACCUACAACUUUAGGUAUUAAAGCAAAACCUCCUUUGCAGAAUUAUGAAAAAGUUAGUUUGAAUAUAGAUCCAGAUUCAAAGUGGCAUUUUGAACUGCCGCAACUGACUAGACAUUCCUCUGUGACUAGCAGUAACAGUAGCAAUGAAUUGCCAGAGAAAUAAAUCAAGUGUUCAUCUUA